AUGAAGAAACAGAUAGCUAAAACCAGCAUGGCCAGCCAUCCAGACAUCGAAGGAAAGAAUCUAUUUUCAUUUGGUUUGAUCACUGAUAUACAGUACGCCGAUCUCGACGACCGGCAGAAUUAUCACAAAACAAAAUGGCGGCGUUAUCGAAACGCAUUGAGUUGUUUGCAGAAAGCAGUUGCACACUGGAAAACGGAAGAGCAUUUGCCGAUGUUUAUAAUACAGCUCGGCGAUAUAAUCGAUGGCUUUAAUUCUGCAAUAGUAGAUGCAGAUGAUAAUAAAAGAAAUUUUUCUCGAGAAGCGUUGGAAGCUGUCAUGAAAGAAUUUUCUCAACUACCCUCUAAGAUGCCUGUUGUACAUAACGUUGGAAAUCAUGAGCUUUAUAAUUUUUCGCGCGAAGAGCUCGAAAGAUCUGCCCUUCAUCCAAGUAACUCAUGCCUUGAGCUGAAUGAGAACUUUCCUGAGAGUGGAUAUAAUAAGAAACCAUUCUACUUCUCGUUCACACCACAUCCAAAGUUCUGCUUUAUCUAUCUGGAUAGCUAUGACAUCAGUAUUCUUGGUGUGGACGAAAGCUCCCAGCAGUAUGAAGAUGCUAUGAGCCUACUGCGCAAAUACAACAAAAAUGAUGACCUCCACAGCCCUGUUGGCCUUCACGGUCUUGAAAAGCGCUUUGUCAAAUUCAACGGUUCUCUCAGCAAAGAGCAGUUGUCAUGGCUUCACAGUGUCCUUACACAAGCAGAAGCAAAUAAGCAGAAAGCUGUGAUAUUUAGCCAUGUUCCCUUCAACCCAGAGGUUGGGGAUCCAGUCACGCUUUUGUGGAAUUAUCAAGAUGUGCUUGAUGUGUUGCAGCAGUUUAAUUGUGUCGUCGCCUGCUUUCAUGGCCACACCCAUGUAUGGGACUAUGCAGUUGAUGACAAGGGCGUCCAUUACUGUGUUUUUGAUGGUGUGGUAGAAGCCCCUUUGGAUUCCAAUGCAUUUGCCACACUGCAUGUUAAAGAUGACUCUAUUGCCAUUGAAGGAUUUGGUGUUGUGCCAAGUCGAGUGUUGAAAUUUCACAAGUGA